GUGACCGCGCUUACUUGGCGCUUGGAGAGACGCCAUUCGAUUCAUAUGACAUCAUUGCACAACCCUUCACCACAAGUUGUUGAUCAGAUCAUGAACCCAACGAUAUCAUACUAACAGCCAUUGCGUGAUUCUCCAACUACAACAACCUCCACAAAUUCCUUGAAUAUGUGCUUCGGAAGCAAAUUGAAAGGCGAAGCACCAUCCGGAUUCGACAACGACAACCUCAAUUCGCGACCACUCAACGCAGUACCUCAGGGAAAGAGCUCGAUUAAAAUGCCGCAAACCGAAUCCUACUCUCCUCCAGCGGGACCACCGCCGUCACAAAAACCUGAGCCUUAUAACGAGCAAUAUGUACCCCCGCGUAGUCCCCCACCUUCGCACGAAUAUGCCCCUCCUUUGGGCCCACCACCGUCGCAAACUCAAGCGCCAUAUCACGAUUGGCAAACCGCAGUCCCCGACACAUCUCUUCUGCCGCCUCCUCCGUCUAUGGGAUAUCAGCGAAGCGAUGCAAACAACGCUACAGAAGAAGAGGCACUACAAGGAAAAGCAUGGUGUGAGCAGAACCCUUUGGGACCGCCAGUACAAUUCCCACAAGCUGCUCUAGAAGCACUUGAUGCUGGAAACAUUGGUGUCAUUAAGCCAAGGUCUUACAAUGGUGAUCUUUCACGUCUGCGACAGGGUAUUUGGACUGGAAAGACGAAGUCAAACAGCAAGGAUUCAUGCAUUAUUUCUACGCUUCCGUUGUACUCCGUAUACGCGCAUUCACCUCUACAAACCGAAAUUGGCAAAACAAUAUACUAUGAGGUCAAGAUAUCAGAUAGACAUCGUGGGGAAAUCACUUUGGGAUUAGGAUAUGUUGCACAGCCAUAUCCAACUUUCAGAUUGCCUGGUUGGCAUCGAGGGUCAUUAGGUGUCCACGGAGAUGAUGGUCACAAAUAUGUCAAUGAUCUAUGGGGUGGUAAGGACUUUACAAGUAAAUUUCAAGCCGGCCAGACUGUCGGAAUUGGAAUGACUUUCACUCCACGAAAUGUCAAUAGUCCUCCUGCAUAUGAUUCUGGGCCAGCACAAACCACUACUAAAACUCCUAUCAACGUUGAGAUUUUCUUUACCAGAGAUGGCAAAAAGGAUGGUGGAUGGAAUCUUCAUGAAGAGGGCGAUUCUGUCGAAGAUCUUCCCGUCACUGGAUUGGAAGGAAUGCACGACUUGUAUGCCGCAGUAGGAACAUUCGAAAAAGUUGAAUUGGAAAUCGUUUUCAAUGAAAGGGAAUGGAUGUAUCGGCCAUAAUGAACAUCACGGAUACUUAGAUAUGUAGAAUAGGAUAUACUAAUGGGAGGAUUGAGUUGCACGGAGUUACUAGGAUGGUGGGUCUGAGAGAAAGAAAUACACAUAAUCAUUUCUACUUCUUUAUCUUAAUCUCCUUUAAUCCGAUAGGAACAUCUACACAAUUUAAUUUUUGCCACAUACGAUGGCGACUGCCCUAGUUU